CUGAAAGAGUGGGCUGUUAUACAUGGGAUAGGAUGAACUGAGGUUUCGAAGGAUCAGUCAGUCCCUUGGGUUCACUCCGUUGGCUUUUUAUCUCGUGAUCUCUAUUCCGCCACGGAACCAAUUUGUCCGAUGAGACAAUAAAUAUAGUCUUCGGACCGCCGAAAUCGAUUAAUUGAUAUUUACAUAUAGAGCACCUCCAAACAAGAACAAAACUGCUUUGUGAAGCUGCAAACAAAAUUGCUUCCACGACAGGGCUCCUUGUCACAUGACCGACCUUCGAUCCCCGGAUAAACGUUUUUAAGCCUGACCGGCAGCAUAGACUUUCAAGUCUUCGACAUUCAUAAUUCGACCUUUCCAACAGUCACUAUUGCGACCAAUUGAAACAAUUUCCCGUCUUUUAUAGCCUCUGCUCUCCCCUGACGAACUUCUCCCCGCCGUCAUCAAUUCCGCUCCUAUCACUGGACGGGUAAAAUCCGUCCAGCCAAAACCAGCCGUAAUGGAUCCCCCGCCAUUGAGCACGAAGGACCAGUCGCUGUUCCGCCAAGUCGUCCGUCUUUGUGAAAGUAAACAGUACAAAAAAGGCAUAAAGGCUGCGGAUCAGGUCCUCCGAAGGAACCCGAAGCAUGGAGAAACCCAGGCGAUGAAAGCCCUGAUACUCAGCAAUCAAGGGCAACAGGAGGAAGCGUUUGCCCUGGCAAGGCUGGCGAUUACAAAUCAUUUUAAAUCCCACAUCUGUUGGCAUGUCUACGGGUUGUUAUAUCGCGCGGAUAAGAAUUAUGACGAAGCCAUCAAAGCCUACAAAACCGCUCUAAAGUUUGACCCGGAGUCCCAAGCGAUACAGCGAGAUCUAGCUCUCCUCCAAGCCCAAAUGCGCGAUUAUCAAGGCUAUGUUCAAAGUAGGACGACUAUGCUGCAACAAAAGCCAGGCUUCCGCCAAAACUGGACCGCCCUUGCCAUUGCUCAUCAUCUCGCGGGAAAUUUGACGGAAGCUGAAAACGUUCUUACGACUUACGAGCAAACACUGAAAACGCCGCCCCCGAGAACUGAUAUGGAUCAUUCAGAAGCCGUUCUCUACAAGAAUUCUAUAAUUGCUGAGUCGGGGAAUCUGGAAAGGGCACUAGAACAUCUCGACGAAGUGGGCAAAGGCUGUUUCGAUGUACUUGCCGUGAUGGAAAUGCGUGCAGAUUAUCUAUUACGUCUUGGCAGGAAAGAAGAGGCAGCGGCUGCUUACGAGGCUCUGUUGGAGAGAAACUCGGAAAACUCAAAUUACUACGAAGCUUUGAUCAAAGCGAAAGAUAUCGAUAAGUCCGACCAUAAAACGCUAAAGGCCAUAUUCGAUGAAUGGGCCGAGAAAAAUCCAAGGGGAGAUGCGGCUCGCAGAAUUCCUCUAGACUUUCUAGAAGGCCAGGAUUUCCGAGACGCAGCAGACAAUUAUCUUCAACGAAUGCUUCGGAGAGGUAUUCCAUCUACUUUUGCGAAUAUCAAGUUCUUAUACACAAACAGCGCGAAGCGGGACAUCAUCCAGGAACUUGUUGAGGGAUAUGCAAGCGGCCAACUUGGGUCGCAAAUGAAUGGGUCAGCAGAGAACCAAACAAAAGGUGACGCCUCUGUGUUCGAAAGUUCGGUUUACUAUUUCCUUGCACAGCAUUACAAUUAUCAUCUUAGCCGCAACCUGGAGAAAGCCGUGGAGUAUAUCGAGAAAGCAAUCACAUUAUCUCCAAAAUCCGUUGACUAUCACAUGACGAAAGCCAGAAUAUGGAAACACUUUGGCAAUAUCCCAAAAGCCGUCGAAUUUAUGGAGAUAGCUCGAUCAUUAGAUGAAAAGGACCGUUAUAUUAACUCCAAAGCGGCCAAAUAUCAACUCCGGAACGAUGAAAACGAAAAGGCCCUUGACAACAUGAGUAAAUUUACGCGAAACGAGACAGUGGGUGGAACUCUGGGUGACCUUCACGAGAUGCAAUGCGUUUGGUACCUGACCGAAGAUGGAGAGUCCUACCUGCGUCAAAGAAAGCUUGGACUGGCGUUGAAAAGAUUCCACGCUGUCCACAACAUUUUCGAUGUAUGGUAUGAAGACCAAUUCGAUUUCCACAGUUUCUCCCUAAGGAAAGGAAUGAUCCGCGCAUACGUCGAUAUGAUCCGAUGGGAGGACCACCUGCGAGACCACCCAUAUUACACUCGAAGCGCGCUCGCGGCUGUCAAGGCUUACCUAUUGCUACAUGAUCAACCGGAUUUAGUCCAUGGUCCAAUCCCUCGCGGAAUGAAUGGAAAUCAGACUGGAGAGGUCGACAGCGCGGAGCGGAAGAAAGCCCUCAAGAAAGCCAAGCGUGAGCAGCUGAGGAUGGAGAAGGCGGAAGCGGAGAAACGGGAUCUCAAGAAGGCUAGCAGCACUAAAGGAGGUGACAGGGAAACGAAAAAGGAGGACCCUGACCCAUUGGGGACAAAACUUGUUCGGACCACCGAGCCAUUAAAGGACUCCAUGAAAUUCUUGACCCCCUUGUUGGAAUUUUCACCCAGAAAUAUAGAAGUGCAGACAGCUGGCUUUGAAGUCUACAUCAGAAGAAAUAAAUUUCUUCUGUCUCUAAAAUGUCUGCUUGCCGCCCACUCCAUCGAUCCCCAAAACCCCACUCUGCACAUCCAAUUGGCACGCUUCCGAAAAACGAUUGACACACUCUCGGAACCUCUGCCCUCCCGUGUGUCCGAGGUUAUCACCGCAGAUUUUGACCCGCUUCUCCCAAAAACCCAAGACCUAACAAGUUGGAAUGAGUCAUUCCUUUCCGCGCACAAAUCUAGUGCUGCGCAUGUUCAAGCUGCUCUCUCUGUCCGCCAGCUCCUAAACCCUGACUCAAAAUCCCAGGGAGAGCAGGAGCUUCUCUCUACCGUCGACCUUGAAACCACGUCUCUUGAGGUUGCCCUCGCAGGCCUUCACCUCCUGGAUGACUGGCACAGCAGUCAGGAUGCCAAGUCGGCAUAUAUCAGUCAAGCACAGAAGAAGUGGGUUGAAGCAUCGAUAUUCCAGCCACAGCAUGUCCUGUAGAAAUGUGAAGGGAAAGAGAAAGAGAGGGGGAAAAGGAGGUCUGACGUAUUUAUUCGAUCGCAUGUUCUUGAGACGUAACAUAAAGAGGGUAGACCGAUUUAUUCUUACCUGUCUCCUUCCUACCUUUUUUUUCCCUUUUUUUGACAGAUAUCUUUAGAAGCGGCUUUUGCCUCUGCCUUUUGACCCUGAGUCUCUUGUUCUUCCUACAGGCAAGCUGCGUGGUGUACUGGGAUGGUCAAAAAGGGAAAUGAUGAUUUGUUUUAUUGAUUUAUUAAUAUACUAUUUUCGUGUACCUCUUUGUGCCAUUGGCUCUUUUGCUUGGGCAAUAGUAAGGACUGUCUGAAAUCGAUGAUCGACUGAUCGGAGGGGAAUAGUUCACUGUGAAAUAUGUAAGCUUACAUUGUACAUGUACAUGUACAUGUACAAUAGCCUACCGGGAGCUUAUUCGGCACUCAACUUUAUUCUUAUAUAUGGGGCACGAUUUGCGUAUGAGACGGGGUCGGUCCCGCAUGCCCGACAUUAAUUUCUUUAGCGGUUGUUGAAGGUAUUGUUUGGGAUUGAUUGAUUGAUUGAUUGAUUACAUCUUUAAGUUGGUGUCUGCAUCCCGUACGGGCGCUAUGCAACUGGUCUAGAUCUAGUCUAAUUAAGCAUCUUAAGUGAGGCCCAGCAGGGCCUCACAUGCUGCCACAUAAUGUUGGUGAUUACUGUUGGGGGUCCCAGGGGUUGAUCGGCCCUUCUACCAGCAGCGCUGGUGGUGACUGAGCUCUUUUGCCCCAGUAUUCUACAGGUUAUGAGACCGUUAAGCGUGAGCCCCGCUGUGGUCAACAUGCAUGGGUUCAAUCUCAGAAUGAACUUAAGAAUAUAAAUCCCAAAACAAAUACCCCGGACAUUUAACAGUGUCAAGAGACUUUCUAGGAGUGUGCCCUAGAAGUGAGCCCUUGAGCCCUAGGAGUGAGUUCACUGAGAGGAGCCACUAAGAGGAGCCACUGAGAGGAGCCACUGAGAGGAGUACUGUACUCUGUGGUUAGCUGGUCUGAGAGGGGGUGUUGGGGGUCUCAGGGGUUGAUCGGCCCUUCUACCAGCAGCGCUGG